UUAAACUUUUACAGGCUGGUUAUGACACAGUGGACUCGGUCAAUUCUUUCACAAUUCCAGCAGCCAGUGCCCCAGAGCUCUCAUCCAGCAGUAAUAUCGAAGUGAACGGCCGCUGGUCUUUCCGUGUUGAUGGUUCGCUAAAUUGUAAGUGAAAAAGUUGCCUAUUUGUCUGCAAAAUGAUACUGAAAUUGUUAUCCAGUGCCUUUCAAGAGCUAAUAUUCCUUCAGAAGAUCUAAACAAUGAUUUGUAUUCUAGUGCCGGCUAAUUUCCUGCCGUUUGGUGAUGGAGACACAGUCAAUCCCAUCUCAGAUGAUGGAAGCUCUGAAGCCAUUCACUUGCAGCAGCCUUUCAAAUACUUUGGACGCACAUACAAUCAGAUCUAUGUGAACAACAAUGGUCACCUGACGUUUACUCAACCCCUGUCAGCCUACGUCCCUUAUCUGAACGCUGGAAUAGAUAUCAUUGCCGCUCUGUGGACCGACCUUAACAAUGUCAAUGGUGGAACUAUCUCCUACAGAGAGGACACAAGCAGUGCUGUACUGGAACAAGUCACUCAAGCUGUUAACCAAUAUUACCCUAACGUGCCUUUUACCGCUACGUCAGUCUUUGUGGCCACCUGGGACAGUGUGCCGUACAUCACUGGUGGAGGGGUGGUUACUUUCCAAGUGGUUUUAGUCUCCAAUGGUGACCGCUCGUUCAUCCUGAUCAACUAUGGUGAUAUAGCCGAAACAGGACAAGUUUGGCUGGCUGGUUAUGACACAGUGGACUCGGUCAAUUCUUUCACAAUUCCAGCAGCCAGUGCCCCAGAGCUCUCAUCCAGCAGUAAUAUCGAAGUGAACGGCCGCUGGUCUUUCCGUGUUGAUGGUUCGCUAAAUUUGCCGGCUAAUUUCCUGCCGUUUGGUGAUGGAGACACAGUCAAUCCCAUCUCAGAUGAUGGAAGCUCUGAAGCCAUUCACUUGCAGCAGCCUUUCAAAUACUUUGGACGCACAUACAAUCAGAUCUAUGUGAACAACAAUGGUCACCUGACGUUUACUGAACCACUGUCUGCCUACGUCCCUUAUCUGAACGCUGGAAUAGACAUCAUUGCUCCUCUGUGGACCGACCUUUUCAAUGUCGAUGGUGGAACUAUCUCCUACAGAGAGGACACAAGCAGUGCUGUACUGGAACAAGUCACUCAAGCUGUUAACCAAUAUUACCCUAACGUGCCUUUUACCGCUACAUCAGCCUUUGUGGCCACCUGGGACAGUGUGCCGUACAUCACUGGUGGAGGGGUGGUUACUUUCCAAGUGGUUUUAGUCUCCAAUGGUGACCGCUCGUUCAUCCUGAUCAACUAUGGUGAUAUAGCCGAAACAGGACAAGUUUGGCUGGCUGGUUAUGACACAGUGGACUCGGUCAAUUCUUUCACAAUUCCAGCAGCCAGUGCCCCAGAGCUCUCAUCCAGCAGUAAUAUCGACGUGAAUGGCCGCUGGUCUUUCCGUGUUGAUGGUUCGGCAAACUUUUGUGAUACUUGCACUGAAAAUGAGGCUUGUCAGGAAAGAGGUGGUAUUUAUGGCUGUGUUUGCUUGGAAGGACAGAGGCCAAAUCCUGACAUCUUUGAUGCUGAGGAGUACUGUGCUAGCAGCACUGGAUCCUUAUCUCUAUCCCGCUGCCAGCUCUUCGAAUCUGGUUUUUCUCCUGAGAUCCUUCACCUAAAUGACCCAAGCUGCAGAGGCACCCUUGAGGACGGCAGACUUCUGUUUUAUUUUGACAAUGAAGACCACAUUUGUGGUACCACUCUGACAAACAACAGGACUCACUUCAUCUACCAAAACGCCAUUCAGUCUAAUUUGAGAAGCAAUGCUCAGGGCAUCAUUUCAAGAGCAAGAUGGAUGAAUAUUACAUUUUCUUGUGCAUAUCCUCUGAUCCAGACCCUAUCUAUGCCCAUGGGUAUCCGAGCUGAGGGCGGUGUGAUAAGUCAGGAGAUUCCUGGCCAGGGCAUAUACCAGAUCCGCAUGAUUCCCUACCAUGAUGCACAGUUUACUAGCCCAUAUGAAGGGGAAGUGGAAAUACAAGUAAACCAGCAGAUGUAUGUGGCUGUUGAGGUGGAAGGAGUGGAUGUAAAUCAAAUCGCAACAGUUCUUGACAACUGCUGGGCAACACCUGUUAAUGAUAUUGAUCAUGAUAUUCGUUGGAGUCUAAUCAUUAGAGAAUGCCCCAACCCUCAAGAUGGCACAGUGGAGGUCCUUCAGAAUGGUAAUGGUACAACAAGCCAUUUCUCCUUCAGGAUGUUCACCUUCUCAGGAAGCUCUGACCGCAUCUUCCUGCACUGUCAAGUCCAUCUCUGCCUUGUACAGAAUGGCAGAUGUGCACAGUCAUGUGAGGUUGGAUAUAGACGUAGAAGGCGCAGAUCUUUGGACUUCCAACACUCUGCGGCGAUCACCAUGGGUCUUUAAGAAAGCUCAGCAGCUCUGAAGAGUGAAAGAUCCUUCAUUAAGAUCCUGCUUUUCUAUCAAAAUACUCUGCGCGAAUUAUAAAGAAAUUUAAAUGUUUUGAAAGCACUUCCUUGUCUUUAAAAUCUACAUGUGAAACAAUGAUAUUGUGGACAAUUAAAUAAAAAAUAUCACUCAUGAAAAAGGACUUUGGAAAAGAUACUAAAUCUAACCAAGGCACAACAAAUUAAUUAGUUUAUUGCCUGUGCAUUAAUUAAUGCAAAGAAAAAUAGAAAUCACUGUAAUCUGUAUACUUUUGUUGUUUCAGUGUUAUAGAGGAAGUGUUUUCAAAACAUUAUAUACAAAACUAAAUUCUUCUACAUUCUUGGAUCAAUACGUCAAAUUGAAGACAAAUGCAAUUAAAUAACUAAACUGUAUGUCUUUCUUUGUUCAAGGAGUUAUAUUGGAAAACAAUAUAGCAGACUAUACUUGAAUAAACCUGCU